GCUGGCAGACAGAGCGACCGUGAGAUUCCGCAUGCCCGCACCACGCAGUCCAGCAAACGUUCUUCUGGCGUAUCUCAAGCCAGCCGACGUUCAAGCAUCUCCCGUUCAAAAACAAAGUCAGCGAUGGGACUAAGUCAUUUGAUGGCAGGGUCCUUUGAGGAACGGCGCUGUUACUUGGCAAACUACAUCGAGAAUGUCACUGCCGUGCUGGUGUUGAUGAAUUCCAUCACCAUGGUCAUGCAACUAGAGUUUGAGGGACGGCUAACAGGAUACCAGCUGGGUUUUGGUGGCGGUGACGCAUUUGCUCCCAUCGUGCCAGUCUUGCGAUAUGUGGACUCGGCCUUUGUGAUCAUGUUUACCUUGGAGCUCUUAAUCCGUGUCACGCUGGAGAAGCUGUAUUUCUUCAGGGACUACGCCAACUGGUUCGACAUGUUUCUAGUCCUGGUGGGCUUAGUGGAUAUGGCCACCAGCACCCUCAUGGAACAGGGUGAGAGCGUUCUGCAACGUCUCAUCCGGGCUUUGAAGGCCUUCCGCUCCUUCCGCAUGAUCCGAAGUUUUCGACUUUUCAAGGGCCUGCGCAUUCUUGCAAGAGCUUGUCAAUGUUUCCUGUCCUCUUUAUUCUGGUCGAUGGUGAUGCUCGUGAUCUUCAUGAUGAUGGGCGCGUUGCUGAUGGGCAACCUGGUACAAGGAUAUUUGGAGGACUCAGAUGUGGAUUCGGUGGACAAAGAGUGGGUGUGGAUGCACUACGGCACUGCAUACAAUGCUUUCUACACCUUCUUCGAGAUAACUUUGUCAGGCAGUUGGCCUGCAAAAGUGCGGCCAUUGCUAUUGAAAGUGAGCCAGGGCUUGUUUGUAUUCUUCGCUUUGUAUAUCACAAUCAUCGUUUUUGCGGUGAUUCGUGUCAUCGGCGCCAUUUUUCUCCGCGACACGCUCGAUGCGGCACAGAACGAUGCCGAGCACUUGGUUGCUGAAAGAUUGAAAAAGAAGGCACAAGAUGUCGCCAAACUGGAACAAGUCUUCAGAGACAUUGAUGUGGCCGUGGAUGAGUCAGAGGACGGCAUCAUCACCGAAAAGGUCCUGAGCCGUGUGUUGUCAAAUCCCAAGUGCCAAGCCUAUUUUCAAACCCUCGACUUGGACGUGAAUGAAGGCAGCGCCUUGUUCCGUCUGUUAGAUCAAGGAGAUGGGGAAGUGACUUUAGAUGAGUUUAUUCAAGGCAUCAUGCGUUGUCGCGGGCCAGCGCGAGCCAUUGACCAAGUGGCCUUACAUGCAGAGAUGACCCUUGCUGGCAGAUAG